AUGGUUCUGCAUCCGAUCGCGUGCGCGAUUGCGUUCCUGGCGUUCGGGCUGAGCCUGGGCGCGGGGGUCGUGGGGUCGGUCCUCGGCGCGCUGGUUGCGUUUGUGGCGUGGGUGGUGACGGUGGUGGUUAUGGCGGUUGAUUUUAGUCUUUUCGGGACCGUCAAAGACCACGUCAACAAGCAGAAUAAAGGCUCUCAUGCCUUCUACUCGGUCGGCAUGUGGACCUGUCUUGCAGCCAUGGUGCUCUUGUUUCUCGGCAUGUUCAUCGUCCUCUUCACGUGCUUCGGUGCGAGGAAGGAGAAGAAGUCGGGUUCUGGCAGGUACGGUCACAAGACGAAUGCUGAUAGUGGGGUGGGCUAUGAUGGGUAUGCGACUCCGCGGACUACGAGGAGGACGAGGAGGAACAGGUGGUUCUGA